CGGGCCUGCUUCUCGCGUCUCCGCCCCACCCCCGCCAGCCCCUAUCCUCGCUCGCCCCGUCCGCCUUUCUUUCUCCCUUUUUUCUCUCCCCUUUUCCCUUUCCUCCCUUCCAAGAUGGCCGAAGCGGAUUCCCCCUUUUAACGAUUUGGCGUCUCCCUCGACCACCACCUCUUUGUGUCGCAGCCCCCUCGUAGACCUGCUCCCGAGGACUGGGCGCCCCGCCCCCUCCCCGAAACACCUCGGCAGAGCCUCUUUCUCCGCGGAACACCCCUCCGUGGGCCCCGCCGAAAGUUUGGCUUUAGGGAAGGGUGACGCUCCCCAACCCCCCUGCCCCCCACCCCGGCAUCAUGCAUCGGACCACACGGAUCAAAAUCACAGAGCUGAACCCUCACCUCAUGUGUGCCCUCUGCGGGGGGUACUUCAUCGAUGCCACCACCAUCGUGGAGUGCUUGCAUUCCUUCUGCAAAACCUGCAUCGUGCGCUACCUGGAGACCAACAAGUACUGCCCCAUGUGCGAUGUGCAGGUCCAUAAAACCCGACCGCUGCUGAGCAUCAGGUCUGACAAAACCCUCCAAGACAUCGUUUACAAAUUGGUCCCCGGGCUUUUUAAAGAUGAGAUGAAACGACGGCGGGAUUUCUAUGCAGCGUACCCCCUGACAGAAGUCCCCAAUGGCUCAAAUGAGGACCGUGGUGAGGUUCUGGAGCAGGAGAAGGGGGCUCUGAGCGACGAUGAGAUUGUCAGCCUCUCCAUUGAGUUCUACGAAGGUGUCAGGGACCGGGAGGAGAAGAAGGGUCCCCUGGAGAAUGGGGAUGGGGACAAGGAGAAGCAGACAGGGGUGCGCUUCCUGCGAUGCCCAGCAGCCAUGACUGUGAUGCAUCUUGCCAAGUUUCUCCGCAACAAGAUGGAUGUGCCCAGCAAGUACAAGGUGGAGGUUCUGUAUGAGGACGAGCCACUGAAGGAAUACUACACCCUCAUGGAUAUCGCCUACAUCUACCCCUGGCGGCGGAACGGCCCUCUCCCCCUCAAGUAUCGUGUCCAGCCGGCCUGCAAGCGGCUCACCUUGCCCACAGCACCCACUCCCUCCGAGGGCACCAACACCAGCGGGGCGUCUGAGUGUGAGUCAGUCAGCGACAAGGCUCCCAGCCCUGCCACCCUGCCGGCCACCUCCUCCUCCCUGCCCAGCCCAGCCACCCCCUCCCAUGGCUCUCCCAGCUCCCACGGGCCCCCAGCCACCCACCCUACCUCCCCCACUCCCCCUUCGACAGCCAGUGGGGCCACCACAGCUGCCAACGGGGGCACCUCGAACUGCCUGCAGACACCAUCCUCCACCAGCAGGGGGCGCAAGAUGACUGUCAACGGAGCUCCUGUGCCCCCCUUAACUUGAGCAAAGGGACCCUCUCCCUUCUUUGCCAGCCACGCCUCUCCACUCCUCCACUUUUUCUGGGCCCAUUUUUCCACCUCUUCUACUUUCCCCAGCUCCUCCCACCUUAGGGGUGGGAGGCGGGUUUUAUAAAUAAAUCUAUAUAUAUAUGUACAUAGGAAAAACCAAAUAUACAUACUUAUUUUCUAUGGACCAACCAGAUUAAUUUAAAUGCCACAGGAAACAAACUUUAUGUGUGUGUGUAUGUGUGGGGAUGGGGGUGUUCAUUCUUAGGGGGUCUUGUGUAAUUUGCUCUGCUCUCUUUCGGGGGAUGCCUGGAGGACCACUUGAGGCCCAGGAAAGCUCUACUCCAUCCUCCUCCUGUUUCCCAGGGCAGAUGAGGUGUUGGGGGGCCCCACCAGCCCCCAAAGUUUUAGGCACAACUAACUGGCUGUGUAUGGGGUCCACCUUCCCUCUCCCCAUCAUGGCUGCCAUCCUGUCCCAACCAGUCCCCUACACCCACCCCCGGCCAUUGUUGAAUGUCCACAGAAUUGCUAAGACAGUGCCUUUUACCAAUGCAGUUUAUCCCUGGUUCUGAGGAGCGAGUGGGCGGUGGAGAUGGCAUCUCCCUUACCUCCUCCUCUUACAGUGGAAACUUUGUGCAAAGAAUAGAUAGUUCUGCCUUUCUUUCUUUUUCCUGUGUGUGUGGCCUGUGCAUCAUUUAUCUUGUGGAAGAGAAGAUUCAGGCCACGGGAGGCCUCGGCCCUUGGAAUUCCACUGUGGCUUUAGCAUUGUGAACCACUUCGCCCCUCCUGCCCCCACCCAGGAACCCACGCUAGCAAGGCUGGUGGUCAAGUCUCACUUGGGGGCCGAGAGGGGAGAGGUGGAGCGGGGUUAAUGUUGGAUAAGCACAGACCCCAGAUUUUGCCAAAGGCAAACAGCCCUCUAGUUCCCUCGCCACCCUCAGCUGAGGCUGAGUCAGGAAAGAGUGACAGAGGCUUCUAAAAGCACAAGAAGACAGAAGCCUGUAAGCUCUGACCUCCCCUUCAUCCUGAGAGGUCAGUGGUUUGUCCCCUGGGCAGACCCCACCAGAUCCCUGCCCACCUGUUUUUCCUCCACUGUACAUAGAGCAGAUCGCGGAGGAGGCCAGACUCUUUCAUAACCUGGGUUUUUGGGGUGGGGAGCCCCCGACGGGUUUGUCUGUGUUUGCACCCUGUCGUGUGUCUGAGGUGCUGUGGCUGUCCCCUCCUCCUGCCCUGGGCCAUUUGUAUCUCCUGGCUUUGUAAUAAAUGCUGCAUACUCUC